UUAUGUCACAUUUACUGCCCAUAGGGAAUAAAUGUUAAUAAGGGUGUUAUGACAUAAAAAAGCCUGUGCUGUGCUGAGGCUAAUCCAGCAAAAAAAAAAAAAAAAUGUGAAGUGUAAAAAAAUGUUCCUCUUGGCUCAUCACUAGGACAUGUUGAUGGAGGGGGGGAAAAAGUGAAAUUGACAAUAUCAUUGUAGGAAGCGCACUAAAGGGGCGACGGUCCGCUCCACUACACUGAAGUAGGGAUGUCUACAGUGGGAGAAGAAGAAGAAGAAGAAGAAGGGGGAGGGUACCACUUUGUCACAGGCUGCUAUGUAGAUUAACCUUUCAAUUAGUUGUUAUCAGGUCCUUCUCCAUGUCUCGGGCAGCAAGCAAGCAAGCUUCUCACACAGCUUUCGUUUCAAGAGAUCAUCAAAAAUCAGCUCGGAUAUACGUCGCUGCACACCUUUCGACGUUUUUUCCCCAAUAACGAAGAGGAGUAAUCCGAGGGGGGGAGAAAAAACUUGGAAGAGAUUUGAUCUGGGAUUAAAUAAAUAAAGCUCCAGGUCAGCUACCAUUGUGGAAUUUACUCGUGCCAACUUUUCCUCAACACCCAGGAUUGAGAAGACAUAUGCGGUGGAUGCAGGCGUGGAACAUAUAACUUUUUGACCUUAACGAAGGAUGUGGAUGUACCCAGUGUUCAGCAGCAGAAAGGGGGAAUCUGUAUGGAUCACGUUGUUUUUGCGAGUCUAAUUGUUCAACCAUGGUAAAACUUGCAAACCCUCUGUACACGGAGUGGAUUCUUGAAGCAAUACAGAAAAUCAAGAGGCAAAAGCAGAGGCCUUCGGAGGAGAGAAUCUGUCAUGCGGUGGCCACGUCGCACGGACUGGACAAGAAGACCGUCCUUGAGCAGUUGGGAUUAAGUGUUCAUGAUGGCUCUAUUCUCAAGGUUACAAAUAAGGGGAGCGCCUCCUACAAGGACCCAGGGAAUCCCGGGAGGGUUGGAUCAAUCCCGCCUGCAAACGUGUCUGUGCCAUCAAGGGAAUCUAUAUGGAAUUCAAGCGAUCUGCGCCAUAUUGAUUGGAAUAAAAUACUCAAGAGGGCCAUCGAGGGCCUGGAUGAUACUCACGGCUCCUCGCUAAAGAACAUCGAGAGGUAUCUGAGGAACCAGGACGACCUCUCAAACAUUGUUGAUAACCCUGCUUUCCGGCAGAGGUUACGACUGGCGGCCAAGCGGUCGGUUAACAACGGCAGGUUGUUAAAAAAUGGCCCGCGGUAUAAGCUCAGCCAUGGCAGUGCGGAGGGAAGGGGCUCCAGGUUUCCAAGUGCUUCCCCCUUGGUCCUGUCAUCAGUGACACUCCUCCCCCAUGAGCGAGACCAGCUCCGGGUCGACCCCAUCCCAAUAUGCAGUUUCUGUCUUGGAACGAAAGAGUCAAAUCGGGACAAGCGGCCAGAAGAGCUGCUGUCCUGUGCAGACUGUGGGAGCAGUGGGCAUCCAUCAUGUCUGAAGUUUUCCCCCGAUUUAACCUCAAAUGUGAAGAGAUUACGAUGGCAGUGUAUUGAAUGCAAAACCUGCAGCUCCUGUCGAAUACAGGGGAAAAAUGCUGAUGAGAUGCUAUUCUGCGAUUCAUGUGAUCGGGGCUUUCACAUGGAAUGCUGCGACCCGCCGCUUUCAAGAAUGCCAAAAGGUACCUGGGUCUGCCAAGUCUGCAGACCGAAGGAGAAUGGGAAGAAACUGCUGCACAAGAAAGCCGAUCAGAUCAAACGUCGAUAUGCAAAGCCAAUCGGAAGGCCCAGAAAUAAGCUCAAACAAAGAAUGUCUGUAACCAGUGGUGACGGCUCCAUGGUAGCACUUGGAGGAAGGGGGUCACCUGGUAGGGGUCAAAAGAUUACCGUCUGUUCCACACCUUCAUCUGGUCAUGCUGCAUCUGUGAAGGACGCCAGAGACAGAUUGGCUGUUGCAGACCCCUGUUGUGUGGUCGACGCCACCCAAUUCACCACUUCCACCCCCACCACCACUCCCCCCCUCACGCCCACCUCCACCCCAGCUACACUCACCGUUAACAAGAAAACCAAAGGGCUUAUCGAUGGGCUUUCCAAAUUCUUUACCCCUUCCCCCGUGGGCCGUCGCUCGCGAGCUGUAUCCGUAGAGUCGCCCGCCAAACUGUUAAGCUCUAGAGACAAGGGUCCGCCCAAACUGUCCAAGCCACCAGAGCCGUUUGCCUUUGCUGCUGACGCCACUCAAAAGAUAACCCCUUCUUCCUCUGCACUUCCUCCCGCUCCCACGCUGCCGGGACUUAGCCCGCCCUCGCAGGUGUCCAGCAGCUCCACCUCUGCUAACUCGCCCCAGAGCUCCUCCAGCCAGUCUAGUGUUCCUUCCCUGAGUAGCCUCUGCAAUAGCAGCCAACUUAAGGGACUAUUUGACGGACUAUCUCACAUUUAUACUACUCAGGGACAGUCGCGGAAAAAGAGACUACCUUGCUACGCGCCGCCUAAGCGCAUGCAUCACACGCAGGAUUCCCCCCAUGCGUCCAAAACGGGGCCCCAGCGCCUUGGAAAGAACGAGUUUAGCAAAAAUAGGUUACACUCCACAUCUGCUGGGCCGGGCCGACCCAGAGGACACCCAUUUAAGAUGGUCAGUCAUUUCAAACGUAACCCCUUCCUAAAAAAACACAGGACACUAGGCAGGCUGAGGUAUAAAGUGAGCCCUCAGAAGGGAGCCCCCUCACCAGGAAAGGGAGACUUGACAGACGGAAGAAUUAAGCCUGAGAAUAAUCAUGGCCACAACGGGGAGCUGCGUGUGAAGCAGGAGGCUCACGCCGACUUUGCGGCCAUGUCCAGAGACCACGUGAUGGAGGAGGACAUUGAGACGUUCACUCAUGUCCAGGAACUCUCCGUGCAGAGAACCGGAUCUCUGAUGAACCCGGACUCCGUGCGAUGCCCCGGCCUCAUUGAAUUUGGGAAGUAUGAGAUUCAAACCUGGUACUCGUCGCCUUACCCUCCUGAAUAUUCAAGAUUACAAAAGCUUUAUCUGUGCGAGUUCUGUCUGAAGUACAUGAGGAGCAAAAACAUCCUCCAGAGACACACAAAGAAGUGUGGCUGGUUCCACCCACCAGCCAAUGAAAUCUACAGAAAGGACGACCUUUCCGUAUUUGAGGUUGAUGGAAAUGUCAGCAAACUAUUCUGCCAAAACCUCUGCCUGUUAGCCAAGCUUUUCCUGGAUCACAAGACCUUGUAUUAUGAUGUGGAGCCUUUCCUCUUCUACAUACUUACAAAGAAUGAUGAGAAAGGCUGUCAUCUUGUGGGCUAUUUCUCCAAGGAAAAGCUUUGCCAGCAGAAGUACAAUGUCUCCUGCAUAAUGAUCAUGCCUCAGUACCAAAGGCAAGGAUUUGGAAGGUUCCUUAUUGAUUUCAGUUACCUUCUCACCAGGCAAGAAGGACAAGCCGGCUCCCCGGAGAAGCCGCUGUCAGAUCUGGGUCGCUUAUCCUACCUGGCAUAUUGGAAAAGUGUCAUACUGGAGUACCUUUAUAAGCACCCAGAUAAACACAUCAGUGUUAAAGGAAUAAGCAGGGCCACUGGGAUGUGUCCGCAUGACAUCGCCGCUACUCUCCAGCAGCUCGGCAUGAUUGACAGACAGGAUGGCAGGAUCGUGUUGAUCAGACGUGAGCGAUUGAUCCAGAGGCACACGGAGAGCCUGAGGGCUAACCCGCGUCGGAACGAGGUGGACCCCGACGGCCUGCGCUGGACGCCUUCCACGACUCUCAACGCCGUCCUGUCUGAGGAGGAGAGGGAGGCAGAGAUGGAUGCUGAGCGGCUGAAGGAGCAGGCCAGUUGCUGGGAGAAGGAGGAGAGGGAGGGCUACAUGAUGACUCACGGCAGCAGGCAACCUCUCACCAAGGUCCACUGUAAGGUUCCCUACAGGACCUACGAACGCCGCCCCGCGCUGUCCUGGACCAGGCGCAUCCAGCAGUUGGCGGAAGCGAGCGAUGACGAAGCCGAUGACGACGACGGCUCCGACGGCUCCGACGGCUCCGAUGGCUCACCACCCAUCCUCACAAAAGCCCAUGCGAUGCUCGCAGCCAAGAGAAAGAGAACCAUUGUGCUCAAGAAGAGAGGGCGUAAAAGAAAGAGAAUAAACAGCAGCGUGACAACAGAAACCAUCUCCGAGACGACGGAGGUGCUGAACGAACCGUUCGACAACUCCGAGGAUGAGCGUCCUAUGCCCCUGCUGGAGCGCACCUGCAGAGUGGGCGAGAUGGAGGAUGAAGAGGAGGAGGAGGAGGAGGAAGAGGAGGAGGAAGAGGAACAGGAGGACAAGACACCAAUUACACCAAUGAAACGCCGGAGAGGUCGCCCCAGGCUGGAGAAAAAUGCACGGAAAGACAAUCUUGAACACUGGAAUGAAGGAGCUGACGUCCUCUCUAAGAGACCCAGCAGACCCCGUCCAGUGAAACGGAAGAAAGGCUGGCCGAAAGGAGUAAAACGUGGCCCUCCCAAAUGGAGGCUUAAGAACGAACGAAAGAUGGGCUUCAAGCUCAACCUCUACACGCCCCCUGAAACCCCAAUGGAGGCGGAGCAGCACCACAUUCACACUGAAGAAGCGAAAGAGGAACCCGACCAGGAUGUUGUCAGUGCUGAUGAGUGCUCGGACAGCAAAGCAGGCCGAGGCUCGGCGAGUCCAGAUAUAACGCUAGAGAGGCUCCUCUCUGAGCCCCCGAGUCCUGUUGACAACGGCUCCCAGAAGUCCAGCUCCCCUGAAGGAUCACCAGUGGCUUCUCCGGUGUGCUCACCUGCCGCCUCGCCUGCAGCCUCGCCUGCCGCCUCGCCUGCCGUCUCGCCUGCCGCCAUGUCCCCAAGGCCCGAGGACAGAGGCGAUUCCCCAGAACCACCUGAAGACGACCAGCAAGAGAGCGAACACGGGCAGGACUCCCCAGCCAAAGAUGCGGAACACAGCGCAGCGGGUGUUGAAUCGCUGGAGAAUGACAACGCAGAGGAUGACGAGGAGGACGAGCAGAGAACUCAAAUAGAGGAUCAGGAUGCAGAUGAUGAGGAUGACAGUCACAGCAAGGCGGCGGAACCUGAGAACAGCAAGGCAGAGUUGGAGCAGAGUUCGAAAGAAAUACCCGAAUGCACCCCACCUUUUUUAGAUCCAAAAGAAGACAACGACUCUGAGUUGAGUCAGCAGGUUUCUACAGUACCGUGUAGUGAAGAGGAACCGGCUACCGCUGCGGAAAGCAUCCAGGAGGCAGUGACAGAAACGACAGUAGCAACGCCACCACCUGAAGCAGUAGCAGUCGCUUCAGUCGCUGCUGUGGACUCUGAUAAUCCUGCAGACUCUGAGUCAGAGGAAGAGAGCGCGUCCAGUCCUUGUCCGGAUCACCCACCUCCUCAGCCUGCGGAGAGGCCACCGCUCAGUCCCGUGCUGAGGGAGGAUCCCCCAAUCUGUACAGAGAUUGACUCAGAGACAGCGCAAGCUGUUCAGUCCCUGACGCAGGAGACCGAGAGGGAGAAUGUUUUCCAGGACAUCGUGGAGAGCCAGGAGCCCUGCAGGACGCUGCAGACUUACGCCCACGUGGCUCAGAGCCCCCAGCUCACCUCGCUGGAUGACUGCCCCCAGUCGGACCACAGCAGUCCCCUUUCCUCCGCGCAAUCCCAUCCCAGCCAGUCGGUACGCUCCGUCAACAGCCCGGCGGUCUCCAUCCUGGAGAGCGGCUACACUCAGAUCAGCCCCGACCACAGCGCCAUCUCGGUGCCCUCGCUCCACAACAUGGAGACGAGCCCCAUGAUGGACGUGCCGUCGGUGUCGGAUCACUCGCAGCAGGUGGUGGACAGCGGCUUCAGCGAUCUGGGCAGCAUCGAGAGCACCACGGAGAACUACGAGAACCCCAGCAGCUACGACUCCACCAUGGGGGGCAGCAUCUGCGGGGCAGGCCCCUCCCAGAACAGCUGCUCCUACGGCAGCAUCCCCCCCAGCGGCCUGGCCCAGAGCAGCUGCGCCGUGAGCCAGCAAAUGGCCGCCGUCAACCCCGGCAGCUGCGGGAUGAUUCAGCAGAACAGCCUGAGCUCGCCGCCGCACUGCAACGUCAAGUCGCCGCAGGGCUGCGUGGUGGUGGAGAGGCCCCCCAGCAACAGCCAGCACAGCCAGCACAGUCAACACAGCCAGCGCAGCCAACAUAGUCAACACAACUCCCACAGCAGGCAUGUCCCCCACAAUCAGCACAGCCAACACAAUCAGCACGGUCCACACAAUCAGCUAAGCCAGCACAGUCAACACAAUCCCCACAACCAGCAUAGUCACCACCACAAUCACCACCUGCAGCACAAUCAGCUCAGCCAGCACAAUCAGCACGCCCAGCACGGCCUUCACAAUCAACACAGUCAGCACAGCCAGCAGCAGCCCAUGGCGCAGUGUGCCAUACCCACCAACUUCACCACCACCAUGCAGCUGGCGGACAUUCCCGAAUCUGGCAACCCAAAUUUCACCCUCUACGAGAGGAUCAACCACCAGGGGGAGUACGGCAGCGGGCACUACUCGCAAUCGUCCGGCCUCAGUCUCGCCAAGCUGCAGCAGUUCACCAACACGUUCAUAGACCACCCUCACUCGCUGCCUUUCAACCACUCGGCCUCACACCCCAUCACAUCUUAUGCAAACACCCCGUCGCUGUCGUCCCAGCACUCCAGCCUGGUCUCCUUGUCCCAGACCCCGCAUCGAGUCCCCAACCCACAGGUGCAGGCCACCAUGACCCCGCCCCCGAAUCUCAGCUCCCCGCCGCCCAUGAUGCUACAGCGCAACAUGGGCAUCCCGCCCUCGCAGCGGAUCCAGCCCCAAAUGGCCUCCAAGAGUCACAUCUCCGCACGCUCCAAGUCCGCCCCGCUGUCGCACCACCAGCAGCAGAUGUACGCCCGGCCGCCGCAGACCGUGGCCAUGCAGGCGCCGUCCAGGACGCUGGCCGCCAUGCCGCGCAUGAACAUGAGCGUGAACAUCAUGCCGGCACCGGGCUACAAUGUCAACUCCAUGAACAUGCCCUCCCUCAACGCCAUGAACGGCUACAGCAUGAGCCAGCCCAUGAUGAACAGCGGCUACCAUGGCAACCAUGCCUAUAUGAACCAGUCACCCCAGUACUCUAUGCAGAUGGGCAUGAUGGGAACACAGCCAUACCCCCAGCAGCCCAUGCAGGCUCCACCACAUGGCAACAUGGUGUACACUCCAGCUGGUCACCAUGGUUACAUGAACACAGGCAUGUCCAAGCAGUCCCUGAAAGGGCCUUUCAUCAGGCGGUAACUCUCCGCCGCAGGACUCCGCUGGUCCUUUUCUCUCGCGUGCAUUUUGCUGUUUAAAGAUGCACUGAUCUGGCCUUUUUGUUUUCUUUUUUUGGUGUCUUUUUUCUUAUUGUUUUAUUACUUAAAAACCAGCAGCAGCACUUGGAAAGAAUGCAAAAAUUUUCAUCAAUGAGUAAAAACUUUGAAGCUAAUGUUAAAAAGUAUUUUUGUUUCUCCAGAUGGGAAGCCUUACAUCAUUACGAUGAAAAUCUAUUUAAUUAGUGUUAGUGUCUCUGAUGUGUCUUUAGAGCAGGCGGGUUCAGAGCUCAGCGGUAGAGAUUUCAUCAGUGGUCUUGCAGUCGUGUAGCAGCCUCAAAUGAAGCCAUUUAAUGUGCCUGCUACAAGUGGAGUUAGUGGCUGUUUGAACCUGUUCAGUGUACCUGUCUAACAGUGCUGACAAUUAGUUUGUACUAUACUCAUGCCUUUGUAUAUUUAAAUUAUUGUACUUAUUUUGUAAAGUGACAACUAGCAUGCUUCAGUCUCUGUUAGUGACAGUGCAUUGAGUAGUACUGUACAAGUGUUGUGCUUAAUAGCAAGCCAUUUUAAAGAUAUCUGGCCUUUAUUAGGUUUCCCUCCGCGGGGAGAAAGAUGAAACUAUAUUUUGUUAAUUCUAAUAAUGUAAAAAAAUGUAAACUUAGUCCUGUUUUCUGUUCGGUUUGAGAGGUUUUAUUGCUAUGUAUGUAUAAUUCUGAAGUCUUUUGUAACAGAUCUCCUUGAGGCAGCUUUCUGUUUAAUAAAGCAGACUGAUUUCUGUCAAAAAUAACAAAGCAUAUCUCAGUGUUUGUACCCUGAAAGUUCUAAAACAUUUCAAAAUGUCCAGAAGUGUGGCAGAAUUUAAAAAGAACUAAAUGAUUAUAACGAUGAAUAACAAUAAAGAAAAUAUAAAUUUAGUCCAAAGUUGAUAUUUUACAUAAUGCCUUUAAAGCUACGUUUUCAUUCCAUCUGUAGAUUUGUUUUCUAUCUUUAUAAAAUGUUGGAUUUAUAUUUUACCGAAGUGUAGAAGAAUAGAGCCUGUGAAUAGACCAAACUAAGCUAAUGGAUUGCAUGUAAAACGCAACUUGUACUUGUGUUUUUGUUUAUAUUGCUCUUUUGUAGCCUUUGUACCUGUACAGAGUUGCUGGUAAGAACAGGAGGGAAAUACCUGGCUAUGUGCACAAAAAUCGGACAGAAUGACAUUCUUGUAUUUAUGACUUUUCUCCUUUUGUCAGUCACUUAAAAAUGCUGUACAUUUUAGCAUAAGAAUAAAUUAUGAUUGACCAUG